AGAAGACAAAGUUCAAAUGAAAUUUGCUACAGAUCCAUACGCCAAAACCCAAAACCCGAGCCUUAAACCCUACCGACCCAUUAAUCCUCUUCUUCAUCAGUUGUCGCUUUUUCUCCCACCUAGAAACCUUAAUGCUUAAACCCUUUACCCUUUUUCUUGCCUAAGGUCGCAGCCACCGUUUCAGCACUCUCUCUCUCUCUGCAUAAUUUACAUUCAAACACACACACGAAGUGAACUUUCAUCUUUAGCAAAGUUUUAUUUCGUUACCAAAUAUAUAAUAAAUAUUUAAUCAGCAUGAAGUACAGCAACAAAAGCAAAAACUCAAAGAGAAAAGGGUCAGUAAAGCAAGAUCCUUUCUUUAACACAGAAUCCAAAAAACGGAGGAAAAAUGAAUACAGAGACGAUUACAUUGAGUCAGGAGGGGAAGAGUCGGACGAGGAAAAUAAUAAUAAUAAUAAUAAUAAUGGGUUUUCUAAUAGCGGCGAUGAGAAAGAGAGGGAGGAUGAGAAAGAGACUGCUCAAGAGAAGAGACAGCGUUUGGCAAAAGCGUAUUUGGAGAAGCGGAGAGAGAUUUUGAGAAGAGAAGAAGAAGAAGCAGAAGAAGAGGGAGAAGAUAACGGUAGGUGUGAGAAAGAAGGAGAAAGAGAUUCUUUAGUUGUUAAUAUGCUGCUUAAGGAGCAGCUUGAAGAUAGCGGCAGAUUAAGAAGAGCUAUUGCUUCUAGGGUUGAGAAGCCUGAAACUGUUGGUGGAUUUGAGGUACUAGUGAAGCAUAGGCAUUCUGUAACUGCUGUAUGUCUAUCUGAUGAUGACUCAAAGGGGUUUUCUGCUUCCAAAGAUGGCACAAUUAGACAGUGGGAUGUAGAUACUGGGAAAGGUGAAAAAUACCAAUGGCCUAAUGACGAAACACUGAGACUUCAUGGGGUCAAGAAUCCUGAUGGUCGAGCUACAAAGCAUAGCAAGCAGGUUCUAGCAUUGGCUGUUAGCACUGAUGGACGGUAUUUGGCAACUGGAGGAUUGGAUCGCCAUAUUCACUUGUGGGACACACGUGCAAAACAACAUAUUCAGGCUUUCCCAGGUCAUAGAGGGCCUGUGUCAUGCCUAACUUUUAGGCAAGGGACUUCUGAACUUUUUUCUGGUUCAUUUGAUCGAUCAAUCAAGAUAUGGAGUGUGGAAGACAGAGCUUAUGUAAAUACAUUGUUUGGUCACCAAAGUGAAGUAUUAACAGUUGAUUGCCUGCGGAAAGAACGGGUGUUGGCUACUGGACGUGAUCGAACUAUGCAAUUGUUUAAGGUCCCUGAGGAGUCAAGAUUGAUCUUCCGUUCUUCAGCAUCGUCACUAGAAUGUUGUUGUUUUAUUGAUAAUGACGAAUUUUUAUCGGGAUCAGAUGAUGGAAAUAUUGAGCUCUGGACCGCGCAAAAAAAGAAGCCUGUAUACAUUGUUAAGAAUGCUCAUGCUUUGUUGAUUGACCCCAAGAAUCCUGAACAAAAAGAUAAUGCCAGUCUUUCCAGUGGUCCAAUAGCAUGUUCCUGGGUGAGUUCAGUCGCUGUCUGUACAGGCAGUGAUCUAGCUGCAUCGGGAGCUGGUAAUGGAUCUGUUCGCCUAUGGGCUAUUGAUGGUGCUCCCAAAGGCAUUCGACCCUUGUAUGAUCUUCCAUUGGUUGGAUUUAUCAACUCUUUGGCAUUUUCAAAAUCUGGAAGGUUCCUUGCUGCGGGAGUUGGGCAGGAACCUCGACUAGGACGAUGGGGACGAAUUUCAGCUGCUCAAAAUGGAGUCGCGAUUCAACAGUUGAAAUUUUUGUAGGAUAUGCACAAGUUUUGAGCUUACCAGUUUUGACACCAGACUAAAGAAAAUGAACUGAGAAAUUCUGAUUCUUGUGAUUUAGUCUUUGUCCAAAUUGUAUAUUUAAAUGCUGGGUUAUUAAUCGGCAUCAUUUUUGCA